UUGCGUCGUAAGAAAGAAACAGACAGUAGAAAACAGCCUAAUUUCCUGUAGCUAACCUCGAAUACGGCUUAGCGUUGUUCAGGAAAUGACGUUACUGUUAUUUUAUUUGUUUAUUUAACUACGUUUGUUCUCUGAAAAUAUAAUCAUAAGACAGCUGUUCGCUUAAUUCUGCUGUUUUAAGCUUAAAAUGGCGACAGCGGACGACUCCCGAUUCUACAGUGAACAUGAUGAUCGUGUUGGACCUAAGCAUCGCAGGAAAGGCAGGGGACCUUUCAGAGCACCACUGUACAGCGAACAGAUGUCGAAGCAGAGACAUCGUGGAGGCCAGGGUGGGGGAGGUGGAGGAGCUGGACCCAGAUCUAGAUUUGACGACGAUGAUGGGGAUAUCGCAAUGACAGAUGACUCUCAUGAUGGGGGACCACAACGCAGAUUUACCCCUUAUGGGAGGCCCCAAAAUCGACGUAAUGGUCGAAGAGGAGGAAAGGAUAUAAGAGGAGAUGGUGGCAACCACAGGGGGCGAGGAAAUAGAGGAGGAGGAGGAGGAGGAGGAGGUGGCGGUGGUGGAGGAGGCGGUGCAGAUGGUGCUGAUGGCCGUAAAAAUUGGUUCAGGAUGACUAUUCCCCAUGGGAAAAAAUAUGAAAAACAGUGGCUCCUCAGUUCCCUACAGAGCGUCAGCUCAGUGCCAUUCCAUCCCAUUCAGUACCAUCUAGAAGGAAACCGUGCGCAGUUCUACAUCGAGGAUUCCUCUACAGCAUACGCAUUGGCCAAAGUGUCCAGAAAAAUCACAGACAAAGAUGGAUAUAAGGUAACAGUUUUGCUGAAUCAGUGCCCGCCUCCAAGUUUACCUCAACAGGACCUGAAGCUAGAGGAUCUGGAGCAUUUGAAGCAAUGCAUGUCCAAGCGCUUUGAUGGUUCACAACAGGCCCUUGAUUUGAACAACAUAAGAGUUGACCCAGAUUUGGUUUCCUUGAACAUUGACGUGGCUCUUAAUAGGAAGAACUCCAUGCAGGCGGUCCUUAAGAUCAUUGAGGAUAACAUCCCUGAGCUGGUUUGUUUAAACCUAAGUAACAACAGAUUGCACAAACUUGAUGACCUCUCUGACCUGGUCAGGAAAGUUCCAAAUCUGAAGAUUUUGAAUCUCUCACACAACGAGAUAAGGUCAGAGAGAGAGUUGGACAGGCUGAAGGGGUUGAGGCUGGUGGAAUUAUCACUGCAGAGGAACCCUCUCUGUGAUCACUUUAAUGACCAGGCCGACUACGUCAGUGCCAUACGAGAGAGGUUCCCCAGGCUGCUCAAACUGGAUGGACACGAUCUACCUGCUCCCAUCGGUUUUGAUCUGGAGGUUGCUCCAGCCGUUCUUCCUCCAUGCAAGCCCGGUUACUUUGGAUCAGAAGAACUGAAGGGCCUCAUCACCUACUUCCUGCAACAGUAUUACGCUAUAUACGACUCGGCAGACAGACAGCCGCUGCUCAAUGCUUAUCAUGAUGGAGCAGCGUUCUCGCUCAUUCUCCCGUUCUCCAUGCAGAACCCUUCCAGAAGCAGUUUAGCAGAGUACCAGAAAGACAGUCGAAACAUCAAGAGAGUGAAAGAUUCCACUACAAGGUUUCGCUUGCUGAAGCACACGCGGCUGAACGUGGUCGCGUUUCUGAACGAGCUCCCCAAAACCCAGCACGACAUCGCCUCGUUUAAUGUCGACGUCAACACCUACACCAACACCUUGCUGUCAUUCACAGUCAGUGGCGUGUUUAAAGAAGUGGAUGGCAGCUCUCGUGACUCAUACAGAGCCUUCUCUCGGGUGUUCAUCGCCGUGUCUCUUGGAAGCGGAAGCCUGAGUAUUGUGAACGAUGAGAUGUUUGUCCGAAAUGCCACAACGGAGGAGAUUCGACGAGCGUUUGUGGCUCCAGCCCCAACCCCCUCCAGCAGUCCUGUGCCCACAAUGUCUGCCAUACAACAGGAAAUGCUCACUGCGUUCUCUCUACAGUCAGGAAUGAACCUUGAGUGGUCUCAAAAGUGCCUGCAAGACAACGACUGGAAUUUUGAACGCGCUGGUCAGAUUUUCACAGACCUUAAGGCCCAAGAAAAGAUCCCACCGAUCGCUUUCAUAAAGUGAACUUUUUUAAAUGACUUUUGGUCCGAGAAGCUGCAGACCCAAGGCUUAGAUUUGUGUUUGUAGCUGAUUCUAAUCAUUGUUGAUUAAAUGACCAGUUACAUUGUUUUAUGUUUUUUUUUUUUUUUGGUGGUGAUUUUUCUCUACAAUAUUUACCAACUACUAAUUAUGUACAAAAAUGUAGAAUAUACAUCAUUACCAAUGUUGUAAACUUUCUUUUUCAAUGUUAUGUUUUGAUUAAAAAGCUUUUGAAAAAGUCAAAA